UUCAGAUUUUUUCCACUAUGAAACCCACGUCCAGAAAUUUUCAGGCGCGCACCCAUUUUCGGUGAUAGAAUUAUGCACAGACCCAUAAUUUUGAGAAAUUUUAUUUUUUCGUUUUUUUUUUCUUUCCAAACUAACCUAAAAUCACCCUGAUUCAUCUCAGAUCUCAUAUCUAUGUUCUUCUCUUGAUAUAAACAGCUUCAUCACCAUCUUAAUCUUUGAUUUCCAGUAAAUCGACGAAGAAGAAUUGAUAUUUUUAGUUAUCAAAGUUCAAUCUGAAGAUUCAAUCGUUAUCAACAAAUCUGAAGAUUCAAUCGUUAUUAAAGAUUUCGAAGGAUUAAGAAAGGGUUGGAAAUGAAUUAGAACUCAAGUCAAGAACUGAUGGGUGUAUCUUGGAUUUGAUUAUAACAGUGAAGAGAAGGAAGUGCUUAGUGGUAUUAGGGAUUUCGUAAUCGAUUUCUGUUAAAGAAUUUGGAAAUUGGGGUUUUCUUAAUUUUACAUAUUAUCAUCAUCUCCCACUUCCCGCCCUGUCCUUAAACCUAUCAACCUUUCGUUCUUAGGUUUGUUUUUACUUGAAUUGGCGUUUCUAGGAUUCAUUUUAUUCAUUAUCACUUGUUUGUUAAGUCUUGAAUUUAUAAGAAAUAAAUGGGAGAGAAAGUAGGUGUGUUAAAAGUGACAGUAGUCCAAGGAAAGCAGCUAAUGAUUCGAGAUUUCAGAACCAGCGAUCCCUAUGUUGUGUUCAAGCUGGGGAAUCAGGUUGUUAAGACCAAGGUCAUCAACAGUUGCCUUAAUCCCGUUUGGAACGAGGAGUUGAGCUUGGAUGUUACUCAAUCGGCUGGUGUUCUCAACAAAGAGGUGUUUGACAAAGAUCGGUUCAAAUCAGAUGACAAAAUGGGAACUGCGCACCUAAACCUUCAACAGAUUGCGUCGGCAGCAAGGCUGAAACAAGUAAUAAAGGCGCGCCCAGGUGAGUCGACUAAGAUACGGAUAAUACUUCCUGGUAGUGAUAACUCUCUGGUUAGAGAGAGCUACGUUAGUUGUGUAAAUGGGGAGAUUCUGCAGGAUGUCUGGUUAAGACUUUGUGGUGUAGAAUCUGGGGAACUUGAGAUGAAGCUUAAGUGGAUCGAAGAUCAACUUCUAACUACUCCUGUCCCUUCUUAAUGAAAGGAAACACACUGGGGAUGUUGAUGGUUCCUGAACUAUUAGUUAGAGUCGUGUACUUGGAUGACUACUGAUUACUCCAUCUUAGUUUGGAUUUAACGGGAGAGUUUAUUGUUAAAAAUAUUAUGAUUAGGAAUCAAGUUGCGUUUGUGAAUGUGGGUAUGCUUUGUUAACCUGUCAUGCAGUCGUGUCAUGCAGUCGAGAAAAUGUCCGCGUAACAUGUUAUAUUGUCGUGAAAAUGGAUGCAUAACCUAUUAUGCAUCUACAAAAUUUGUUGCA